UGUUUUUAAGAACAUAAUGUCAGAAAAUAGUUAUUUUUAGUAUUUUUUUGUAACUAUGCAUUCAAUAAAUUUUAUUUCAGAUCUAAAUUUUAUUUUAUGUAUUAUUUAAACAACCUUUUAAACAUUACCGCGGAUGAACACAAUAAUGAUGUCAUCGAAUGUGUAUGUUUGUGAUCAGGAAAUAAUUUUUGUUAUUCUCCAAUGUGAAUUCAAAAAGCUAAGUCGAUUUAUCAAAUGGUGCUCAUAGUGAAAACUAUGGACUAGUUUUAGCCACAAACCCCGCACCGUAAGGUGCUUCGGCACAAAAGAAUAAUCAUGGCGUUUUUUCAAGAUGUUUUCUCUACCAACCCUGUAUUUCUGGUGGUUCGGGUUAUACACAACAUUCAAAAUGAUGGAUUACGAUCUAAACUUGGAGGGGUGGCUGGAAGAUGCCACCCUCUUUCAUUCCAAUGAGCUCAGUGACUUCAGUUUAAACUUUGAUCUUGAGAAUGGGAAGACAAAUGAUGCAGCUGUCCAAGUUACUGACUUUAAUGAUUUACCCUGGUAUGAUGAGAAGGUGGAUUUAUCCAUAUUUGAAGAUACCAAGAACAUUCAGUUUUCUGAGACCGAUUUUGAUGAGUUAUUAUCAAUAAUUGGCAGUAACUCGGACAAUUCUUAUUUGUCUUCAGAAAUUCAAAAUGCAAGCAAUAUUGAUGCCUUUAAUUUUGAUUUAAAUGUUCAAAGCCAAGUUGCUUCACCCGGCAGUUCAAUUUACCCCUCUUCUCCGGGCUAUGAAACAGCAGAAGUGCAUUCACCAUCUGAAUCUGUAGUAUCAGAAGUUGGUUCACCAUCUGAAUAUCUUUACUCCCCUGAAUGUGAGCCAAUAUCUGAGGCUGAUUCACCUUUGAGCUGUGUUUCAGAAGUUACUAUUGAUUCACAAAUUUCUGCUGAUUUCGACUUGUCAGUAGGCAAUUAUGAAUCUACCUAUGAUUCAAAUGGGCCAAACACCAUGCCUGCAGUGUUUGUCACAGUUGUGGGUGGACAGCAUGCGUCACCUGAUGAGGUCGCAGAGGCUUUGACUAUUGAAGAAGUGUCCAGUUCUAUCAGGAAUAAAAAAUACGUGGGGAAAGUGAAGGAGAUUCCUAAAGUUCAUGUGUCUCUCAAAAAUGCUUUCCAUCCAUAUUCUAAGGCAACUUCAAAAAGGGGAAGCAAUAAAGCUGAGCGUAAGAAAAUUCAGAACAAAGAAGCAGCUGCCCGCUAUAGAGUAAAAAGGAGGAUAGAGGAGAAGGGGCUGUCUGAUGAAGUUUCUGGCUUAGAAGCAGAGCAACAAAAAUUGCAAUCUAAGCAUGAUGAUUUGCUUACAGAAAUUAAGUAUUUAAAGAAAUUAAUGCGGGAAAUGUUAGAGCGUAAAGGAUUAAUUUAAAAUUCGGUUUUUACUUAUCAUUUUUGUAUAUGCUGUAGUAGUGGGCUCAUUGUGUUUGUGUUCUCAACCACCUGUAUUUUAUUCUUUUUACAUUAGAUCAUUAAAUGUGAAUUUAAAAAAAAAA